AUGCAAUCCAAUUUAAAACGAUUGACAGUUAAACUGCGGAUCGCAGUAGUUCAAUUGAACCCACAAAUCGGGCAUAUUGGCGAAACUAUCGCCAGAGUCGACAGUUUAGUCUCUCGCAUUGGCAAUUAUAAGCCAGACAUAGUUGUAUUUCCCGAAUUUGCACUAUCAGGUUACAAUUUCCGUUCAAGAAGUCACAUUCAGCAGCAUCUGAGCUCUUCUCAACAGGGCCCGGCCUGGGACCUUUGCCAGCAAAUUUCCAAGUGUCUAUCGUGUGUCACGGUGAUGGGCUAUCCAGAAGACCCAGCAGAUGGUACCAACCACAUCUACAACUCAGUUAUCGUUGUAAACUCAGAGGGCCAAUUAGCGUUUAACUAUCGCAAAUCUUUCUUGUACGAUACAGAUGAACAAUGGGGCUGCUCUGAAAAUCCUUUGGGCUUUCAAACUUUCGACUUGCCAUUUGCUAAUAGGGCGAUUGACGCCGACGGCCUUGUGCACGAUGUCACUAUAAAGUCUGCUGUUGGUAUAUGCAUGGACCUGAGCCCUUAUAAAUUCGAGGCACCUUUCCAAAGUUUCGAAUUCUCGAGCUUUCACGCUGAAAACCUCACUGAACUUAUUCUAUUCCCAAUGGCUUGGUUGAACUCUGCUUCCGUGACCAAGAAAUCUGAAAACCAGGAGGCGGGAAAAGCGGCGAUAGAAAAAUCUCUCAAGAGCCUUGGGUUCCCUCCAAGUGGCUCACAAGGCGAUUUUCAAUGGGAUGUAGAACUAGGCGACGGCACCUGCUUCAAAGAUGUCCCCAAAGGUGCUGAAAGCGGAACGCCUGUUGAUUCAGCGUUAACACAAAACUUCUCGCAUCCAGCGGUUCCAGACAAUGCCAACGUUGAUUAUUGGAUUCUACGCUUUAUGCCAUUCUUGGCUUUCAAGGAGCGGUUUCGUUGGUUUUCAAGCCAGCUCUUGGGUCCAAUUUUGAAUAAACUAAAAGACGUGCGGACUUCUUACAUGGGUGGGACAACUCGAAGGCCCUGGAUAUUUGAAAAUAGGAGUGUGGUAGCUGUCAUGUGUAAUAGAUCUGGCGUAGAAGAUGGAACAACGGUGUAUGCAGGAUCGUCCAGCAUAUUCAAAUUUAAUGGGAGGUAUGGGGCGGACGAAAUAGAUUUAGACAGUUCAAAUAGGAGCGUGGAGAUUCUCGGGAGCUUGGGCAAAGGCUAUGAAGGUGUUCUACUACGAGACGUUGAAUUCGAAGUACUAAAAAAUGUCAUUGAUUAA